AUGAAUUCGACAUGGGGAUAUUCCAUAAAGAAACCUCAAGAGAUGAAGAGUAAACAUUAUGAGAAGGUCGACAACUUUGUUGAAAGGUUUUCUCCUUUUGUUUUGAAGUACGAAUUCACUCAAGGUCAAAGUGGCUUAGUAACCACAUUAAAACCUAUUGUCGAACAUUGGUCUUACCCUCAGUUCGCAAAGGCAGUCCUUGACAACUACAACAAAUUCUUCUCGGAAGUCAAAUCCAAAGUGAAGGUUUACUAUGAGAACAUCGAUGCACUCAUGACGAACGAAGAAGGCUAUAACAAACUCAUUGAAAUGGGCAUGGUCGGUGAAAAGAUGGGUCAAUUCAAAUUGGACAAAAUUUUCACCGAAGUUCAUGUAAUAUCGAAAAGGAAGUACUGGGGUGUUAAAGAAGAUGGUGAAAUAGUUAAACAUUGCAUGAAAUAA